UAAACUCAUGUAAACUAUUAUGAUAUGUAAACUUAACCAAUCAAAACACUCUCAACUUUCAGUUUAAAGUACUAUUUAAGCGUUAAUCAGGUUAAUCUAUCAUAUUUCUGUAGUCAUUGUUGACAGUUUUUAUUUAUCUGUUAAGUGUAUUAGCUGCAGGCUGAAGAAUCCGAGGCAGAAUCCUACGAGACACCAUGAGUUCACAAGAAGUCAUAACCACACUACAGAAUCGUGUAAGAGUAAUCCGAAUUGAUCGACCCAAAACCAAAAAUGCAUUUGAUUCCAAUGUAUAUGUUACCAUCGCUAACACUUUGAAUGGAGAUGCGACCGAUGAUCAAGUUGCUAUGACAAUCAUAACUGGUACUGGAGAAUAUUACAGCAGCGGUUUUGAUAUUAAAAGUGCAAUGGGAUCUUUUGGCAGUGGCGAGUCACGAGGAAUGGAUGAGCUAAAAGACAUGAUUUUGGCUUUUAUAAAUUAUCCGAAGCUGUUAAUAGCGCUCGUCAAUGGCCCGGCGAUUGGAAUUGCCGUCACUACAGCCGGUUUGUGUGAUAUUGUUUAUGCAUCGGACAGAGCUACAUUUCAGACCCCGUUUCUCAGUUUGGGGCUAUGUGCAGAAGGUGGUUCGAGUUACAGUUUUGCUAACAUUAUGGGCCGAAGCAAAGCAUCGGAAAUGCUAUUCCUGGGCAAGAUAAUGAGCGCUCAAGAAGCGUAUCAGUUUGGGUUUGUUGCUGAAGUCAUUCCGCAUGAGAAACUUAACGAGUUUAGUGAAAAACUGAAGAAGAUGGGGAAAACGAUGUCCGUGAAUAGCGUCAAAAACAACAAAAAGUUGGUUCUUGGGAACUACAGAGAUGUGUUAUGUGAAAGUUGUGAAAGAGAAUUCGAUCAGCUUGCAGAAUGCUUCGGCUCUGAAGAAUUUAGCGAAGCUAUUGUAAAAUUCAUGUCAAGAAAAAGCAAAUUGUAAUUUUAAUAAUGUGUUGGAUACUUGUUGUUCUAUAAGGAUUUGGGUUUUUGCUUUGUGAUGUUAACUAUUUUUUUAAUUUCAGUUAAUUGUUUGUAAAUAUAAACGUUCGAAAAUUA